GCGGCCCUUAGAACGCCGCCGCCGCUCUCGAGGAUCUCUUGGAGCGACGGCUGGCUCUAUAUCUUCUUGUUUCUACUUGGGGCGUCAUCAGGCAUAAGACAGAUCGAUCUUCUUCGCCGCCCUCACACUAGCACCCAUGAUGGACAGCGCCAAAGGCACCGACAACUCCUCACACCGCCGCGACGCCCCCGCUAGCAUAGAUGGCCAGCCUUUUCUAGUCGCGCCCUCCACUGCGACCACUGCCCCACCGAACCGGAGUCUCGGGUCUCGCCUGCAGCGAUCCAGGAAAGGAUUCGCCUCGGGCAAAUCGCGAUUGUCCUUGAAGAUCGACGCCGACUGCACUACCAAUGGCGACGUAGUUUCCACUACGAGGCAAUCGACACCGGCGUCAACGUCCAGCAGUUGCAGCAGCGACGUCGUCCCGUGGUGGGAAGUCGAGUAUCAGUGUCCUCCUCCCGGCCAUCUAGGAGCCCACGUGGUGCCUGUAUCGGCUGAUGAACAGCGCACAGAUUCAGCAUCACACGAGCCUGUGGUGGUCGUCUAUCCAGGUGGCAAUACACAGGGCACCAACAAUGGCGCAUCCAACUUGGUGCCCUCCGUGUCCGUCGACUUCUUGGCAACUACCACACAGACUACCACGUCGUCUUCUCAGAGAGCCAACGCUAUUCGGUCAGGUCUUGUACUGUACGAAACCCCAGAGCGAGCACGUCGAGGCUCGCACAGCAAGCUCUCAGCUAUAAGAUCUUCGGCUCCUUGCCACAGCAGUCCGAGUCAGAAGCGCAAGAUGAGGCCACAAGAUCCAACAGACUGCGAGGUCGAUCUCUUCUCCACACCUGUCACCAAGGAGCUUAAACGGUUCCACGAGUCCAGCGGUAGUAGUCUCAAGAAGUUGGCGCUGCCUAGUCGAGUGGUGACGCCGGCAACUUUGGUGCAGCCUCUUACGCAGAUCGGCAUCAGCCAGUCAUCGCGACUCAAGCCACUCGAGUCACCUGGACAAUUCCAGAAUUUCACCCUUCUGGCCAAAGGAUCGAUCGAGUGGAACUCGACUCAGUUGCGGAAAAGCAUCACAAGAAGCCAAGAGAUCAUGGCACAGACUGCUGCUGAGUGGAAAGCCAAGGGCAAUGCGGCGUUGAGCGCUGGCAACCCCAAGGAGGCUGUGGACUGCUACACGCAGGCCAUCGCACUAGACCCGAACGACCACGUCUUCUACUCGAACCGUUCGGCUGCGUAUCUGUCGCUGGACGACGCCGCUCACGCUCUUGAGGACGCCGAGCUGUGUAUUUCGACGAAGCCUGACUGGCCCAAGGCCUACAGUCGCAAGGGCGCCGCGCUCCACGCACUUAAGCGCUACGACGACGCCACAGCCGCUUACAAUGACGGUCUUAAGGUGGAUGCCGGCAACGCUGCGUGUCUAAGCGGCAUCGAGGAGGUCAGGAAGGCGCAAGCUUCCGCCGCACAGGCGUUUAACCCGCUGGCAAACGCCUUUGGACCCGAAAUGUUCGGCAAGAUCGCGACCAACCCGCGUCUGGCGCCGAUGCUGGGCGACCCGGAGUUCGUUAAGGUGUUGCAGGAAAUCCAGCGUGAUCCGUCCAAGAUCAACGAACACAUUAAGGACACGCGCGUCAUGACGGUACUGGGCGAACUUAUGGGACUCAACAUCAACAUGGACGGCGCUGAGGACGAGGAGAUGCCUGCCGCCACACCUGCACCCAAGAAAGCCGAGCCCACGCCUACGCCCGCGCCUACACCGAUGGAAGAGGAUCUGACCGAGGAGGAGAAGGCUGAGCGUGCUGCGAAGAAGGCCGCCGACGAGGCCAAGCAACGCGGUAAUGCCUUCUACAAGCAGAAGAAGUUCUCGGAGGCUAUCGAGUGCUACAAUGAAGCCAUCGAGAAGGACGCUGCCAACAUGUCGUACUACAGCAACUUGGCUGCCGUGAAGCUGGAGAUGGGCCAGUACGACGCUUGUAUCGAGGACUGCAAGAAAGCCAUUGAAGUUGGACGUGCUAACCGCGCAGACUACGCGUUGAUUGCCAAGGCGUACGUGCGUAUCGGCAAUGCUCAGUUGAAGAAGGGCGAGACGGAGGAGAACCUGACGGCUGCUAUCGACGCGUACGAAGGCGCGCAGAUGGAGAACCGCACCAAGGACGUGGAGCGCAAGAUCAAGGCGCUGCAGGUGAAGCUGCGUAAGACCAAGGAACUGGCGUACAUUGACCCGGAGAAGGCUUUGGCAGCCAAGAACGAAGGCAACGAGUUUUUCAAGAACGGCGAGUUCCCCCAGGCUGUCGAGCGCUACACGGAGGCCAUCAAGCGCGAUCCGUCGUGCGCUGUGUACUACGCCAACCGCGCGGCUGCGUACACGAAGCUGACGUCGUUUAACGAGGCCAAGAAAGACUGUGAGAAGGCCAUCGAGCUCGAUCCCAAGUACGUCAAGGCGUACUCGCGUAUGGGAGCUAUUCAGUGCUUCAUGAAGGAGUUCCACAAGGCCCGUGAGAGCUACGAGAAGGGUCUGGCGCUUGACCCGAACCACCAGGAGUGCCUCGACGGAAUGCGGAAUGUGAUGUACAAGAUCCAGAGCGGCGAGACCGAUGAGGAGCGUGCUCGACACGGCAUGGCUGACCCAGAGAUCCAGGCCAUUCUGCGUGACCCGGUGAUGCAGAAUGUGCUGAACGACUUCCAGACGGACCCGACGGGCGCUCAGCGUCACCUGCAGAACCCGGGUAUCAUGGCCAAGAUCGAGAAAUUGAUUGCCGCCGGUGUGCUGCAGACGAAGUGAGCGUAGGUGGAGUUGCCGUCAGCCUUCGUAGAUUUGUCGUUCUGGAUCGGGAAGGCUGGCGACGUAGACUUAAGGCGAAAUGUUAGUUUUUCAACCACAGU